AUCAUCCAGAGCCCUCCCCUCUGUAAUCCAGGAGGCUGUCUGUCUCUCUCCUUCACGUGACGAGUGAGUCCAGCAUGGCGGAGCUGUCGGCUCGGUGAAUCUCUGCGGUACCGAACGGGUCGUGGACAGCCGGACCGUGGAUGCUGGAGGAGAAGAGGAGGAGGAGGGGGGGAGAAACACGCAGCUCUCUCUCAGAUUCUGUAGAGGGAGCCCUGAACUCCUCAGAGGUCUCCCCCUGGCCUGUUUGGAGCAUCAUGGUCACCACAUUCAUCAAAGAGGUGCACUGCCAAGGCCGCGGCAGCUACUAAAACUAUGAACUCUCACAGACAGCAAGUGGACGUGAGCACAGCAGCGCUUCCCUCGCAGGUUCCCCCUGCCACCACAGCCAUCCUUCCCAUGGACCUGCGUGUAGUGGACCACCCUCACCCCCACCAUCACCAGCAGCCCCCGUUUGGCCUGGCCUCCCAUCCCAACCCGACGCCGGCUCCCCCCGCGGCUUGCCCCGCCUCGUCCGAGCCGGGCAGCGGGCCGGUCAUCGGCCACCAGGAGCAGCAUCUGCAGCACGAGCUGGUGGCUCUCAAACACAAGCAGCAGCUCCAGAGGCAGCUGCUGAUUGCAGAGUUUCAAAGGCAGCACGAGCAGCUGUCGAGACAACAUGAAGCACAAAUGCAGGAACAUAUUAAGCACCAACAGGACUUGUUGGCUCUUAAACAUCAACAAGAGCUGUUGGAGCAUCACAGGAAGAUGGAGCAGCAGCGUCACGAGCAGCAGCUAGAGAAGCAGCAGCGGGAGCAGAAACUGCUGCAGCUGAAAAACAAGGAGCGGGGACAGGAGAGUGCAGUAGCCAGUACAGAGGUAAAGAUGCGGCUGCAGGAAUUUGUCCUGAAUAAGAAGAAAGCCCUGGCUCAGCGAAACCUAAACCACUGUCUCCCCAGUGAUCCACGCUACUGGUAUGGAAAAACCCAACAUAGCUCAUUGGAUCAGAGCUCCCCUCCACAAACAGCACUGUCAGCGUACAACCACCCAAUGCUGGGCACAUACGACUCAAAAGACGACUUUCCACUACGAAAAACAGCGUCUGAACCCAACCUGAAGCUUCGUUCUCGGUUAAAGCAGAAGGUGACGGAGCGUCGAAGCAGCCCACUGCUCCGCAGGAAGGAUGGACCCUUCCCCACUGCCAAGAAGCGAUCACUAGAUGUGGCUGAUUCUGCAUGCAACAGUGCACCAGGCUCAGGUCCCAGUUCACCCAACAACAGCUCCAGUAACAUCCCCAGUGAGAACGGGGUCCCGAUCUCCAGCAGCCCAGGAGAGGUCUCCUUGCUUCAGAGAUUGGCAUCAAGGGAUGGUUCAGUUAGCCACCUUUCUCUUUACACCUCACCCUCUCUGCCCAACAUCACCUUAGGACUACCAGCMGCCGGUGCUAGUCCUGUGGUAUCGGGACACCAAGAUGGCGAGAGUCAUCUGGCACUGCCUGCGCUACAGCAGGGCAUUCCACUGACCCGUGCUUUUCUUCCCACUGCCCACCUGCCUUCCUACUUGGCCCCUUCAGCUCUGGACAGGGAGGGGCCUGGAGGGGGCACAGCUGGUCACAACCCCCUCCUUCAGCACAUGGUACUACUGGAGCAGAGCCACAGUCCAAUGGUGGGCCUGGGUGGGUUACCUCUACCAUCACCCACCGUCUCCAAGCUCGUGCGGGGCCACCGUCCCCUGGGAAGGACCCAGUCGGCCCCCCUGCCCCAGCAGCCGUGCGGACAGGCCCAGGCCCUGCAGCAGCUGGUGGUUCAGCAGCAGCACCAGCAGUUCCUGGAGAAGCACAAACAACUGUUCCAGCAGCAGCAGCAGCAGCAGCACAUCAUCAGCAAGAUCAUGUCCAAGCCCGGCGAUCAGGUAUCCCCUGCAGGUUCCAGCGCUUCAGUGUCGAGUCGACAACAUCAGAGUCACCCAGAGGAGACCGAAGAGGAGCUCAGGGAGCACCAAGGACUCUCCUCAUCCUCAUCGUCGUCUUCUUCUUCGUCAAUGCCUGAGACGGGGUUAAUACGGGGACUGGUCAUCAAGCAGGAACCCCCUGACCACCAGGAGCAAGAAGAAAGGGACCAGAGGGAAAGACAGUCAGAGCAAGACUUCCUGUUUAAACAGCAGGCCUUGCUCUUAGAGCAGCAGCGGAUCCACCAAYUGAGGAACUACCGAGCCUCCAUGGAAGCAGCAGGGUUACCAGUCAGUGUGGCUGUGCACCGUCCUCUGACCCGGGCUCGGUCCUCUCCGGACACCGCCUCCUUCCCCAUUAUAGUCCAGGAGCCACCAGUAAAGCACCGAUUUACUACAGGUCUGGUGUACGACGCUUUGAUGCAGAAACACCAGUGCGUCUGCGGCAACGCCACUAUUCACCCAGAACACGCCGGCCGAAUUCAGAGUAUCUGGUCCAGACUGCAGGAAACAGGUCUCAGGUCACAGUGUGAGUGUAUCCGAGGUCGGAAGGCGUCGCAGGAGGAGUUACAAACAGUCCACUCUGAGGCCCACGUCUUGUUGUAUGGAACCAACCCACUGCGACAGAAACUGGACAGUUCUGUAAAUCCCAUGUUUGUGAGGUUACCCUGCGGAGGCAUCGGGGUGGACAGCGACACCAUUUGGAACGAGAUCCAUUCGUCCACGGCUGCUCGUCUGGCCGUCGGCUCCGUGGUGGAGCUGGUUUUUAAAGUAGCAUCAGGAGAGCUGAAGAAUGGUUUUGCUGUAGUUCGACCACCCGGACACCACGCUGAGGAGGGUACACCCAUGGGCUUCUGUUAUUUUAACUCAAUCGCCAUUGCAGCCAAACUCCUGCAGCAAAGGCUUAACGUCAGCAAAAUCCUCAUAGUGGACUGGGACAUCCAUCAUGGAAAUGGCACUCAGCAGGCUUUCUACACGGACCCCAGUGUUCUCUAUCUGUCUCUGCAUCGCUAUGAUGACGGGAACUUCUUCCCAGGCAGCGGUGCACCUGAUGAGGUGGGCAGUGAUGCAGGUGAGGGCUUCAACGUGAACAUGGCUUUUACCGGAGGACUUGAACCCCCCAUGGUUGAUGCAGACUACCUUGCUGCAUUCAGAACGGUGGUCAUGCCCAUCGCCAACGAGUUUGCCCCGGACAUGGUUCUGGUGUCUUCUGGCUUCGAUGCGGUCGAUGGACACGCUCCACCCCUGGGGGGAUACAAACUGACAGGCAAAUGCUUUGGCUACCUGACCAGGCAGCUGAUGGGUCUGGCGGGCGGCCGCUUGGUGCUUGCCUUGGAGGGGGGUCACGAUCUCACAGCCAUAUGCGACGCCUCUGAAGCCUGCAUCUCAGCUCUGCUUGGCAAUGAGUUGGAUCCCAUUCCUUACGAGGUGCUUCAGCAGAGACCGAAUGCCAACGCCGUGCGCUCAAUGCAGAAAGUAAUUGACGUUCACGGUAAAUACUGGCGCUCGCUGCAGCGCUCGGCCUCUACACUCGGCUGCUCGUUGAGCGAAGCUCUACAGCGAGACACGGAGGAGGCCGAAACCGUGUCUGCCAUGGCUUCAUUGUCUGUCGCCAACAAGCACAUCGGAAAGAGGGCUGAAGAGGAACCAAUGGAAGAGGAAGCUCCGAUGUAAAACAAAACAAAAACCAGAGCUAGACUUCAACCACUCAGACCGGUGUUUAACUUGGGUCCGUAGAUUCCUCUUACGCCUCACCACCGUCGUACCGAAGAGGCGUUUUUGUCACGAGGACGACAAGAAGAGCUGACAAAAGUGGCAUUGAGAAGAAAGCUGAAGAUGAACUUUUCUCCAUCCCUCGUGCACAGGACGGUUCACGCUAACGUGUUGCACUCGCUGGCGUCGGACGUUCGGAGGUUCAGUCAGUUAUCCCGCAGCGGCUGCCUCAACUGCUUUAGAAACAAAAAGAAAAUAAAAACACAACACUAGACAUUUCAUUUUUAACUACCGGCAGUUUCAUCUUCACACUCUUAGAGCCACCGGAGCUGUUGUAGUCAAGACUCUGCACUGACUCCUGCUUUUUACAAACUGAAACAACGUUGUUGAGUUUUUCUGCGUUUUUUGCAAAAGAAAGUUACUGAUGGAAAGGUGAGCAGAUUGCCUGGAUUCUGACUGUAAAAUGAACAUUUGUGCCUUUUCUUUUUUUUAGGUUGGGUGGGUUUGUCUCAAUUGAAAGAACUUUGCCUUAAAACCAGAUAUUAAAGGGAGGCCUCUUGGACCAGACCCCUCAGGCUCUCCCCUCUCCUGGUAAAGCACUGGCUGCCUGCAUGUUUUCGGCACAUAGACUGGUGGACUUUAUUUUCCUGUUUCUCUCUCCAUCUUUGCAUUUUCUUCCUCAUGUUUUCAGCCUGGAAGGUGGUUCCCAGCCACAAGUUGGACAUGUCAUAUGCAUCAGUACAACCAAGACUUUGGCUACAACAGUAGAAUUUGUGUCACUUCUUAAAGAUUAUGGAGGACUGUAAUUAUUCUCACGUGGGCUAAUUUGUUCAACCAGCCCUCUUGUUAUCCCACCUGGGAUUUUCCAGAGGGGUGUUCUGGUGCUUCAGAGGCUCUCACAGCUGCUUUAAUAACAUCUUCAGGCUUUUAUUAAAAGCACAUCUGCUCCCCAAAUGUCAGGUGCUAAGAAGCAGGUGUGUUAUACUUCUGUCUGUUCAUUGACAGAGAAAUACAAGCAUUAAUAUAAAGUAGUAUAAACACAGCUAUUCAUCUGAAACCUUGGUUUCAAUUCUCAUUCGACAGUGAAAAGGGGGCACUAUUUUUACAUUCCCUUUCCUGUAAAAACUCUAAAUUAAAACAUAAAACUGAAUACUUAUAAAACUUUUUUUUAUAAAACAUGUUUUUCUCUGUCUGUGAUGGGGCAGCCAUAGAAUAAUUUAUUUUGAAACCUCCCAAAAUGCGCAAAGCAUGCUCAAAAAAGGGAGGUUUGAGUCAUUCUGUUUGUUGCAAUCUGCAAAAUCACCACUAGAUGUCAGUGAAACCUAUUUUUAAAAAAAGUUACAGUUUAAUUAGUUACAAGUUUUAGGUCAUCCACACUCAGCAGCAAUAUUUUUUUUAUCGUAAUCACCCUUCCAACUUGUGGUCAACCUUCUGGGAAACUACCUUUUUUUUAUUUGUUUGUUUUUAAUCGUUGAGCUGUGGUUGUUUACCGUACAAACGUCUCGGAUCUGAGGAUUCCUGCCACAUGCACCGAUGACUACUCGAGCCGAUUCUUUUCAUUUAUGGACUUGCUCCUCGCACAUCACCCUCCGUUGCGGCGUAAAGCUGCCGUGGUUCACAACAGUUGACAGUUUAGGUGGGCAUCAUUAUAAAUAUUUCUUGGUUCGGGAUUUUAAGGAGAACGUUGGGAUGCAGCUGUUUCUACUUUGUAAAAAGAUGGACAAUUGUGUAUUUACCGUCUGUUUAUAGUAGAUUUAUAUAUAAAAGAAAGGAGUAUAUUAUAUAUCUAUACAUACUGAAUACUUUGAUAUUGUUUUGAAGUUGGCAUUGAAAAACGAUACUUUGCAUCAGCUACAUGCAGUGAAGACACCUCUGCUGUCCUUCGUUACAGCUGAACAUGUUGAGCUGAAUUUCUUCUUAUUGGCUUUUCAGCAGUGAUGGUUUUCCACUUUAUUUGUCCAAUGGGUACCACAACACUGUUACAGUA